AGGAACAUGGUGGAGCUCCUGAAGAGCGUCUGCUUGAGUUUCGACGGGAAAGAUCCGGAGCGCUUCGCCCGAACCGUCAUCUCCAGGAACCUGUACGUCUUCAUCCGCAGCACUAACCGGAUCAGAGCCAACGUGGAGUUCCUCUCCAGAUCUCUGAGGCUGAGCAACGCCGAAGCGCUGGGUUUAUUCCAAUCCCACGGCGCGCAGAUCCUCGACGUCUCGCACGAGAGCCUGAAGAAGAACUUCCAGAGCCUGCGGACGAAGCUGGGCUCGCUGGGCUGCGGCGCGGAGGACUUCAAGAAGAUGAUCCUGAACUAUUCGCCGGUGCUGUUCGUCUCGUCCGAGCGUCUGAACGAGAAGCUGGACUGUCUGAUGGACGGCGGGAUCCUCGCGCAGCAGGUCGUGCACAAGCCCAAAGUCCUGGAUUUCAGCAUCGGCUGCAUCCGGCAGCGGCUGCAGGACCUCCACGGACUGGGCUACGACUUCCAGAAGAGCGGCAUCGCUGUGUUAGACACCAGCAAGAAACGCUUCCUCGCUAAACUCGAGAGACUGAGCUCGGCGGAGAACGAAGACUUCAACACGAACAGAAGCGUCUGAUCUCACUUUCACCUUAAACUCAGAUUUAUGUUCUUUACAUGUUUAUUGUGAGUUGUGAGAAAUGAGCUGUUUAUAAACAAAUACAAUGAAUGAGCUGAAUGAGGAAAAAUGCACUAUGUAUAUUGUUUGUUUGAGAACAUUAAA